AUGCAUUGGAUCAACAAGCUGUUCAUGUACUCGUGCGUCAGUUUGCUCGCGAUGGCCCAGGACGAACCGUUGCACCUCUGCGCGUCGGGCACAGUCCAGCUAGCCCUCUCUGCUGUCUUGUCGUCCCCCCACGUCGUCAAAUGUGCAAGCGCCGUUGGCAUAUCCCCAGAGUCUCUAGUCAAGGGCGACAGACUCACCAGUGCCCAAGUCGUAGCCUUCCGCGAAUCACCGUCAUGCGCUGCGUACCACGAGCGCAUGAUGGAAACCCUGCAGCGUAUAUACCCUGCGUGUGUCGAUAGCACUUCGAUGGUAUCCACAACGAAAAUGGGGGCGACGACGUUUGCCCAGCGUGUGAAGAGCCUCACCUCCUAA